AUGCGCAGAAAAGAGAACUCUGACUUCCAGCCGCACCUGGAACUAAAGUCUUCCCACCCCCCAUCCCAGCCCCCCCACGGAACCAAAGAACAGGGGUAUAACCAGAACUUGAACACUGGAAACCUUCAGAGGGAUAAAGAGGUGGAAGAAAAAAGGGGUGCCAGCUUCCUGGGGUCCUGCGUCUGCCAGCUGCUGCGAGACACAUCUAAGAAAUUCUGCUUUCACAUAAAGGGGUCCACCUGUCCCAGGAACCUCAGUACCUGGGACAAGAACCUCCUAAGUGGACCUCUUAUCAAAAUGAAUUGGACCAAUUCUAGUUUCCAGGACUCCAGAGCCAGCAAUGCCUCCCUGACCAACCCCACCCCACUGCUCUACUUGGAGAACAUCACCACCCUGAAGCCAGAGACUCCUCCUGAAGAACAUAACAGCUUCGGCACAGCAACCACAGCUGUCUGCAUCUCCAUUGGUGCUAUGGCCCUCGUCUUGCUCCUAGUGGGUCUCUUGUCCAUUACUUUGAAGAAAUGGAAGCAUGAGAGACUUUUUAAGAAACAACUGAGGCAUCAGACCGACUUUCUCCACAGAUCCUCGGACCUUUCCUGCCAUGCUGACGCCAUAUAUUCCAACGUGAUCAACCUGGCUCCCUGGAAAGAGGAUAACUUCGCUGUUUAUGCCAACAUGCCCCCUUUUAAUGGCCCCAGGAGGACAUCGCCAGACCAAGUGGAAUACGCCUCCAUUGUAUUCCACUGAUGGGAAGCCGAUGGAGAGUCAGACCUGUGCCCUGCUGGACCCCGAUACUGCUUUUGCUUUAGGGGUGUGUGUGUGCGCGCACUUUAAA